GGGGGAGAGGGAGAGCAGUCUCAUCUGUCACCCAGAGAAAACCCUACGUGCCCAAUAAGAGCACUGAAGCAUUGCAAGCCAACCCAAUGGCGUCCUCUACUGCUGUGCCUGUAGGAUUUCACUAUGAAACAAAAUAUGUAGUUCUCAGCUACCUGGGACUUUUAUCACAAGAGAAGCCACAGGAGCAUCCUCCUCCUUCAACUCAAGGGACUCAACAACAGCUUAUGGCACAACAUGCUUUGGAGAAAGAGGCUUUGGAGAAGAUUAAAAUAGAAAUUGAGGAGGAGCUAAAACGUCUUGAUGAAGAAAUCUUGGAAGCGUUUACCAGUACAGGAUUUGACUGUCACACUUCUCCAGUAUUCAGUCCUGCCAAUCCAGAGAGCUCAAUAGAAGAUUGUCUGGCUCAUCUAGGGGAGAAAGUGACCCAGGAAUUGAAAGAACAUCUGCACAAAGCACUACAGAGCUUGCUUAGCAAGCCGGUGACAUACCAAGAAUAUCGAGAGCGCACCCAGGAGACAGCUGCUCGUGCCACUGGUUGGAACAAGGUCUUGGUGCCUUUGGUUCUGCUACAGCAAUUUCUGAUGGAGUUGACCAGAAGGGGCCAGGAACCACUGAGUGCACUUGUGAAUUUUGGGGUGACAUAUCUAGAAGACCAUUCUGCAGACUAUAUCAUUCAGCAAGGAGGAUGGGGGACAGUCUUUACUUUGGAAUCUGAAGAGGAAGAGUACCCAGGGAUCAUUGCAGAGGACAGUAAUGACAUCUACAUCCUGACUAGUGACAACUCGGGACAGGUGAGCCCCCCAGAGUCCCCCACGGUGACCACGUCGUGGCAGACAGAGAGCCUGCCCGUCUCCCUGUCAGCAAGUCAGAGCUGGCACACAGAGAGCCUGCCAGUCUCCCUGGGACCCGAGUCCUGGCAGCAAGUGGCCAUGGAUCCUGAAGAAGUCAAAAGCCUGGAUAGCAAUGGAGGGGGUGAAGAAAGGAGUGAGAACAACUCUUCUAACUCCGAUAUUGUGCAUGUGGAGAAGGAAGAAAUACCAGAGGGGAUUGAGGAAGCAGUGGUGUCAGCAGUCGCUGCAGAGACCGUGCAGGCGGCAUUCCCAGAACCCCCUGCUUCUUUACAGGAGGUAAAACCUGAAGCUGAAAUUGUGGCUGUUGAAAAAGCACAUCCCUCUGCGCUUCUGCGUACAAAACAGGAGGAAAAGGGAAAAGUGUCUGAAGAGCCUGUUGAACCUGAAAUCCCCAUAUUAAGUAAACCUGUUCCAAAAGUAGCCCCGUCAGAAGAAAAGCCUGCACCAGAACCUGAGAAAAUACUGCUUCCAGGGGAGAAAAAAGCGGGGAAAGAGGGCCAUUUGGAAGAAAUGGAAGAGAAAUCCUCCACUGCAGAGGAGAAGCCUAUCUUAUUGCCAGAAGGGAAAUCUAUAUUGCUGUACGGUGGGGCUGCUGCAGUAGCUAUAUUAGCUGUAGCAGUCGGAGUAGCGCUGGCGCUUAGAAAGAAGUAACAGAGCUCUCUUGAGGAGGAGGAGGAGGAGGAGGAGGGGGGAGAGAGAAGAGAGCAUGAUCCAGUUUUUGUAGUUGUGUUAACUAAAGGUUGAGCUGCCUGCUGUUUAAUUGGACACUUGAGUAACUUAAUGGUGAUGGGGUGAGGUUAUUCAAUAAGCCUCCAACUAUGGACAAUCAUGUUUUUAGUAGAAUUAGGGUGGGGACUGGUUUUUCGUGAUUAAAGUACAGGGAUAUUUUUAAAAAAAAAAAAAGAAAAAAUCUGCAAAUUUAAGAACUUAAGUGCAGGUGCUGAAGAAAGGGGUGCUCAUACUCUAGGAACUGGAACAGAGAAUCCCCAGGGGAAGGGGAGAGCCAGCUGCUGUCAACCCCUGUAAUUUUUAGCUUCUCAGAUUGACCCGCUGUUGCAGCUGUGCUGUCUUGUCUCUUCCCUUUGCACCCCCGAGCCCUCCUUAACAAACGUUAGCCAACCUGAAUCCUGUAGCGAGAGGCUGGUCUCCCUUUUGUCUCGGCUUCCUCUCAGGUACUGCACUGCUCCUCAUAACCGCGCAGGUUCCUUCUAAACCCCAGUGGGAGAGUGCUUCUUCUUACCUCUUUGCUCACACCUGAUUUGGCCCCUAACCUUUAUUGGAGCCCCAUCCUGUAAAGAUGCUGCCUCUCUAUAGCCGUAUUAUCUCUGAGCGUUCUGGUGUUUGUGAGGGAGAGAUGCAGAACAGCACUUGCUGCUAGCAAGGAAGGCGGGGGGGGGAGGUACUCUGCUAUUUGCUGGUCUGAGAAUCCAUUUGCCGUGCUCCUACCCUGCCCACUUUACUGCCACACUUCACUUACCAGAGAUGCAGAAUUCAUGCCAGACAUGGUGCCAUUUUGAUGAGUACUUUGAUACAAGUGUGUAUUCAGCAAAUAAAUGGCAAAACUGUGUGAAAGUGAGACAUGAACUGGUGCCACCUGUGAAAUUCAAAGGUUAAAUGCUAUUUUGUCCUAUAUCAUACUGCAGUCUGUAUUGUGUUUCACAAGUUAAGCACAGAGUGUAUUUAGUCCUAACUUGGUCUUGGCUGUGACAGAAUCUCAGAUACAUAAAGUAAUGGAUUCUAGUAACUAAGCAAAACAGCAUUAAAUAUCUCCUCUGUUUGCCUGUUCCUGGCCGGACCCUGAGUGGUGUUCAGUGCAGUUUCUUUUGCGACUCCGAAUCUGUAAUUAGCUAAACUUACAGAUUCACAAAUGCUGAGAAAGUUACUUUGGAAAAAGUAAAUGCCUCUUCCUUCCUGCAGUCACAUAUCACAUGCUUGUGAAGAGAAACCUUUUAAGUAUUGCCCUGCAUAUCUGUUAUGUCAGAUCAACCAAGUGUUCUUUUUCAUUGUGCAUUUCUGUGUCUGUCUUUGUACUGCAGCGUUGUGGGCAAGAUCUUAGAUUUUCCAGGCAAAAUUACUGAUCAUCUCUGAGGGUUUAUGCUGGCACUGUGGCUUAGAGCAGGUGAAGGUAGGUGAAAAGGAACUUGGAAUAAUGUAAAAACUGAAAUGUGAGCUUGCUUACUGUAAGCUUGCUCUUCAUAAAGCACAAAGGCAAGGUCCUUUUUUAAAAAAUAA